CCGUCAACGUGUGUAGUUCGGGUUCGUUCCUCAAAAGCCAACGGUUUAUUAAAGUCAGAUACUCAGAAUGAAAGUAUUAUAUGUGCUGGUUGUUUUUGCCGUGGCCUGUGUGGCUUACGUCAGUUGUGGUUCCUGCGUGCAAUGCAAUUCCUCGUCGGACGAACGUUGCGCCACCGAUCCCACGAAAUAUCUGGCCAAGGAAUGUACCGGAAAUACCACAGGCUGCUAUAUGAGAGUGCUAAAUGGCGUCACGAUUCGGGGCUGCCUCAACGAGCUCGAUAAUGCCACCCAAGCGAAGUGCACCAACGAGAUGGAGUGCCUGAAGUGCACUUUCACGGAAUACUGCAACAAUCAGGUAUUCCCCACCCACCGUCCCUCGUGCUUACAAUGCUCUGGAAACUCGACCAGCUCCACCUGUGCCCGUUACGUCCUCACCCAACCCACAAUAUGCCCGCUAUAUCAAUUGGGGGACAAGUGCUUCAUCCGAAACACCAACAAGACUAACGUGGACGGCUCCUUCCAGCGUGGCUGUCUGUCCUCGGCCAAGGCCCAAAAGCUGUGUCUCAAGGAGGAGAACUGCUAUCUCUGCGAGGGUGCUGGCUGCAAUUUCCUGAGAGCGAACGACACCCAAAUCCCACUGGCCCGCGAUGGUGCCUUCUCCAUUGUUUCAUCCAUGGCUCUACUCCUCGCCUGCAUGCUCUUCGGUCGGGCAUUUUAGGAGUCGAGUUGAUGGGGAAAGGAGCACAUAAAAGACAUUUUUUUUAUUUUAAACAUAAUAAUAAUUUUUUUACUAGAAUAUAUCGAAGCUAUCCAUCAUCGCUCUAGGCUAUAGAAUGAAUAUUUUUUAAUAAAAUUGUGCAAGAAAACUAA